AUGAACACGGAGGUGUCUUCAGAGCCACCUCAUCGCCAAACUCGACCCGCCCUUGCCGCUGCUCCGACUGCAGUAGCAUGCAACUCCGGUGUAUGCUACGGGAUGGAAGAUGAGAACGGCGGAGGACUUUACUCACAGCUAUCCAUCAUGCCAUUGAAGUCCGAUGGGUCUCUCUGCAACAUGGAAGCACUCAGGAGAUCACAGCAGGAAGGUCUGCCCGGAAGUCAUCGCAUCGGUAAUACGUUCCAGAAAUGCUUGUUCUUAUUCAUGUUUCAAUGUGAUGAAGGAAUGAUGAUGCUAUCUCCAUCACCAAAACUAGCAGACUUUCUCAGUGGCGGACAGCAUAUGGGGAUCCAUCACCAGUAUGAGAACAAUGACAGAGCAGCAAUCGCUCUAAGCUUAGACAGCAUGCACCGUAACGAGGAAUCUGAGACCGGGGGCCAUGUCAACCAGAUGCAAGUGCAACAACAACUGUGCUUUGGGCCAUCGCAGGAAGGGAUGUGCUCUGAGGUGACAAGCCAUGAAAUGGACGUGGACGCCAUUCCCGGACUGAGAAAUUGGGUGCACUGGCACCACAAUGCUUGCAACAACGGAUCGUGCGAGGAAGGAGGUCUUGGAGCUGGUAACCCUGUUGGUGCAAUGGGAUAUGGUCAUCUGCAAUCUUUGAGCUUGUCCAUGAGCCCUGGGGCUCAGUCCAGCUAUGUCACAGCUCCAUUGCAGACCUCUGCUGCUGUUGCAACCGAGUGCAUGGCUUCAGAUGCACCAAGAAAGAGGAGGACCGGCAAAGGGGGCCGGAAGCAACCAGUUCAUAGGAAAAGCGUUGACACUUUUGGGCAGAGAACGUCUCAGUAUAGAGGUGUUACCCGGCAUCGGUGGACUGGUAGAUACGAAGCACAUCUCUGGGACAACACCUGCAAGCAAGAAGGCCAGACAAGGAAAGGAAGGCAAGUUUAUCUUGGGGGUUACGAUAUGGAGGAGAAAGCUGCCAGAGCAUAUGACUUGGCUGCAUUGAAGUACUGGGGUUCAUCAACACACAUCAACUUCCCGUCGGAGAAUUACCAACAAGAGCUUGACGAGAUGAAGAGCAUGACCAGGCAAGAGUACGUUGCCCACUUAAGAAGAAGGAGCAGUGGGUUCUCACGAGGUGCUUCGAUGUACCGGGGAGUCACAAGGCAUCACCAGCAUGGAAGGUGGCAAGCUCGGAUCGGUCGAGUUGCUGGGAACAAAGAUCUGUACCUUGGAACCUUCAGUACACAAGAGGAAGCAGCCGAAGCCUAUGACAUUGCAGCAAUUAGAUUUCGUGGGGUAAAUGCAGUUACUAACUUUGACAUAGCAAGAUACGAUGUGGAGAAGAUAAUGGCGAGCAGUACCUUGCUGUCGGGAGAGCUUGCCAGGAGAUCAAACAAGGCAACUGAUGCAGGAAAAGAGCCACCUCCAGCACAGGAUAGCUGCAGAGAUCUUACAGAAGAAAGCAGCUCUGGUGCGGGGUGGAAGAUGGACUUCCAACAGCAAACUCCUCCCUCCGAGUACAGGAGCCCCAUGGAAUUCUCACCUGUUCUUCAUGGGUUGGUCGUGGGAAGCUCGAGGUCAAUGCAAGGGGUCGGUGACACGGACAGGUUAGGGAAGAGCUUGAGCAGCUCCGUGGAUCAAACUGAGCUCUCGCUGUUGUAUGCCAAGGGAUCAUCCCCAGAGUUCACUGGUUCUACUUGGGCUCCAUCAGCGCCUCACAUGCCAGUGUUCGCUGCACGGGGCGAUGCUUAAUCUUCUGCGGGUUGGUAAUACAUUUCAGAUUCAUGAGCAAGUCACCGAAGAGAGGAAUUGCUGUGCUAUUUUGGUGGAAAAUACUGCAGACAUGAAAUAGGCUUCAGGUCUAAGGAGAAAGAUGAUGAUGGUUUUUUAGUUAGUCGAGAAGAAGAAGAAGAAGAAGAAGAAGGGUUCUCUCACAGCAGAUGCAGUGUAAACUUUUGACCACUCUUUGAUCCUUUUCGUUGUCACCACCAACAUUCUCUUUAUUUGUCUUGGCUGUGAUCUGCUGCUCUCAUCA